AGCGGUAACCUGCAGUUGAGGUUGUAGCGCGGCAAUAGAGGCCGGACAGAUCAGUCUGCGCGAGUCUUUCGAGUAGUGAACGUCGUGUUCGUCGCCAUCUCGGAUGCGUUCGCUUGUUCCACGCACUGAAACGACCAUUUUCUUACGGAUCUUUUGUUCGUCCUCGCACCGUUCAUUGUUCAACCAAGGAAACUCGUGAAACCGUCGCUACUGAACCUUGCUUCGAUCGAGAAGAAUCGAGAAGAACCACUGAUACAGCGGAAACUUUCGAGCACAGAUGGUCAGAGGAUCGUUGCCUGAUAUCGCAGUGACGAUGGCAUCGGGAAGAGAAAUUUACGGUGCAUUUAGUUUGAUCGUGGACGACGUCGAUUCUCAUACGAUAUCGAGCGAGAACUCGGAUCUAGAUGGAUUAUCGAACGAAACCAGUUCUCAGAAUUCAUCAUCUCAAACUCCGUUGGACAGUCCAGGUGGACCUAGAGAAAAAAUUAAGCAGAUGCAAGUGGAAGCCGAAACUAGAAGAGGGGAAUUCGCGAGGCUACUCGAAGAACAUGCUCAAGUAGUCAGAAAGUUAAAGAUGAUGGAGGCCGAGGAGCAACUCUCGGCAACCGGAAACGUAGUAGGAGCUACGCACGCGUGAUUCCAUCGUUAAUCGCGUAAAACCAUUGUAGGAUUGGGACCACCGCGCCUUUGCGAUGCGCGCCGAUUCUUUAAGUGAAACAGCAAAUUGGAAAUUUUCCGAAAAGUGUUGUGCGGAUUUAAAAAUACUUUUGUGCGAUAUUGAUAAUACUAUGGUUCAACGCAAAAUAGAACAGUGAGAAAUGUAAGAGGAAACUAUUUUUUAAAUCGUCAUAUUUCUAUAAUCUAAAAACGAUUAAUUUCUAUCAAAUGAAAUUUGUUAAGAUUAUUUUUGAACAUCUGCGGUACAAAACAAAAACGAUGAAACAAUUUGUAAAUUAGAAUUCUUAAUCGGUGAUUGCUAAAUCUUAGAGAAUCUAAUUAAAAUUUGAUCACCAUGAUGAAAAUCGUCAUGCGAUUGAUAAUUCUUCGAUGAACAAAAGAACAAAUUUCUAACAUCUUCUUAUAAUUUGAUGCGAAACGCUGUAACGCGUUCGCGUUUGUCCCUACUUGUUAAAUAUAUCUGAUAUUUGCAAACAGCAGAAAUAUAAAAGUAAAAAUGAUCGCGCAAAACUCGACUAUGUUAUUCGCUGCUCCAAAGAAAGUUGGGAAAAAGGUUCAAAAUUAAUUAAUUCGAGAAAAUAAUCUCGGUUUGCGUUUAUCACGAAGUCUGAGAAACUUCUUUUUUAAGACAAUAAUGAAAAGCACUCGACAUACGUUCUCUAAACUUUGAAACAACAGGAUUAAUGUAUCCGAUGUACAUAAGCAGUAAGAAUGGCUGGCCUAAACGUGUAGUACAAACUUUCGAAAAACAAAGAACAAGAUACAUACAUAUAGUACUAAUCAGAAUAGUGAGAAACUUUGAUUUUAGCACUGUUUUCAAUACACUAUCGUUUAUAGGAUAUUUUCAUUUCCAAGGGAAACUACGUUGUAAUCGUAACUAUAUAGUAUAUCUCGAUGAAGUACAAGCUUCUACAUUUUAUAGCAUUGUAUAUUUGAGUGUUCCAUACGUAUAAGUAAAUAAUUUUAUAUAUAUCGUAAACAUAUGUACGUACAUACGAUAGCAUAGGAUAUUAAGCCUGCCGUGGUACACGUAAACUUUCUGUAAAUAGAUUUCUUUUUUAAUACGAUGCAUCGUCUAAGGUGUUCAUUUAUAAGAAGCCUUAUAAUAUAAUUACACAGUAAAAGCAAAAAUUAUUAUCGAGAAUUUUAUUUUGCCGUAUAUUAUACAAUAUUAAAUGUCGCGAUAAAUACGAACAAACCACGAGUACGAUCUUUCUUGUUUCUACGUGCACAUUGCGUCAGGUUUUUAUUCAU